UUCCAGCGUUCCUGCUGUUCGGAUCAACAACACUGAGGCUUCGGGACAGCUCGUGCGGAUUCUACACUUAUAGUGUCUAGAUUUCUCGACAUGGAUCUGUGGAAAUUUAAUCUGAGUCGAACAGGUUUGUGAAGUUUUAAUUCAUUUAGGAACAUGGAAACGAGUGUUUAGAAAAGGCUCUCUCCUGACAGUGUUUUCGAUCGCUCCCGCAAAGCUCUUGUUUUAUCUGGAUAAUAUUUUUUCCCCCCGUCGGACCUCAUGGGAAACGUUUCCAGGCGUUCACGGUGGGAUUGUGAUGCGUGUUUGAUCAGAGUGGAAUAACUGAGACAUUGUUGCAUUGCUGGAUACGGUGAUUCUGCUACAACCUGCUACAUUCUGGAAUGUUUGGAAUCCUUUGAAGUGGACGCGGCGCACCGCACACUAAUUGAGCCAUUAUGACGUCAUGUUCUCAAUCACGACGCGCGGGAAUCCACGGGGGAAUCUGUUAUAUUAUUGAUCCGACCUUUAGGAGAUCAUAUUAAACUCUUUUUGUCGUUCAAAUCAAUGCUCGCGCCAGGAGUCUAUCCGCUGUCAAUCACCCUGUCACUCUGUCUACCAUGUUCUGUCAGUGAUACGGGCCAGUCCCCGACUAAAGUUCCAUUGGAUUGCUUGUAAUAUUCUUUAAUUUAAAAUCUCAACCCUGCAGAGCUUAUAAAACUAUCCAAUCUAAAAGCCACUGGGUUUUUGGACAGUUUCAGUGACUUCUAAGGAUUCUCCUGUCUUUUAUCUGAGCUCUGAUUGAACGGAUAGCGCAUAAUGUAUGGCCGGGGCCCGCCGCUGCAGCCAGGACAAUGAGGGUUCCUGUGCGGCAAUUGGCCGGGCUCUGGCCGUUGCUGCUCAUGGCUGCCUCGCAGGUGGCGUUGGGCCACACGGGCCUGGAACUAGCCGCUGCUGUGGAGUCCGAACGCUCCGCACCCCGAGCCAUGAUCAAGGUGUCGCUGCUGAAACAGGAGCCCACCAGCAGGCCCAUCACCCUAGAAGGGGUGUUCGCCGGGGGCAGCGCAGGCUAUGCUGAAGGGAAACUGAUGCAGUCUUUCCUGCUAGCGUUUGUUGGGCCGGUUUCCCUUCAGAUAAUGACAUGUCUCCCAGAAGACCUUGGACGGUCUGGAACGCCGUGCAGUGCAUAUGGCCUCAACGGGACGGCGCUGCAUUCCUUACACACGUGCACACCAACACCAGCUCACAGCCGCGCACUCACGCAUGUUUGAGCUGCAUGCCACUGACGUU